CUUUUGAAUAUGGACUCUAGUGAAAACUUCACUGAAUUAACAAAUCUAGAAGAAUUUAAUAAACUUAAGAAAAGCACAGCUGACAAAGGCCUAGUUGUACUAAUCACUGCUGAGUGGUAUGAGCCAUGCAAGAUUAUUAAGGAAAGUGUGGUUCCAGAAAUGGCUAAAAUUUUCCAACAUCUUGUCUUUACUUGGAUAGAUUCUGACAAAUUUUCUGAUUUGGUUGAGAAACAUGAGAUUGACACUGUUCCGACAGUUUUAGUAUUCCAUCCUCAUAAAGUAGAAGUAGAUAAAUAUGUCAAUCCAAGCCCCGAUGCUUUAAAUGAAGAAAUAGAAAAGCAAAAUGAGUAUUAUAAAACUGUUCUUGAGAAUGAGAAGGAAAGAGUGUUCCAAGAAAUCGAUGUUAUUCUAAGUUCAGCACCGAUGGUAUGCUUUAUUAAAGGUACUCCAACUGAACCAAAGUGUAAGUUUACUAGGAGACUCCUUGCUCAUACAAAUAAACUAGGUGUCACCUUUAAGCAUUUUAAUAUUCUGGAAGAUCAAAGAAUCAGACAAUGGCUUAAGAUUUAUUCCAAUUGGAAGACCUAUCCUCAAGUUUACAUCAACAAGGAAUUUGUUGGAGGAAUUGAUAUCAUAGAUGAGCUUGUUGAAGGAGAUGAAUUUAUGGAUUUGAUUCCCAAAGAGUGCAAGAAACUUCCUCCAGUCGAAAUAUUUGACCAGAUGCUCUCCUCUUUCGAUGUUGUAGUACUCCUAGAUGGUACCAACGACCACCCAGUGACAGAAGAAAGCAAAUCUGUGCUUCAGAAACUUAAAGACAACAGCGUCAAAUAUGUAUCUGUGGACUACUCUACUUUGGAACAAGAAGUCAAAGACCACAUCAACACAGUUCAUGGAGUCAGCACUGCGCCCUACAUUUUCUUGAAACAGAAGCCUUUCGGAAACGGAGAAGCACUACAGAAAGUCAUUGAAGAAGGGUCUCUUGAAGCAGUGAUCCCUGAAGGCUCCAGACAGCUUUCUCUCAACGACAAGCUCAAGAAGCUCAUCAACUCAAGUCCGAUCAUCAUGUUCAUCAAGGGAACGCCUCAAGCUCCAGAGUGCGGGUUCAGCAGGACACUCAUUAGCAUCAUGAGUGAGUACGACUACCAAUAUGGAUACUUCAACAUUCUGGAAGACGACGAAGUCAGGCAGGGUCUCAAGAAGUACUCCAACUGGCAGACAUAUCCUCAGCUCUAUGUCAAAGGCAAGUUCAUCGGAGGGAUUGACAUCGUCAAAGAGCUUCACUCCGAACACGAACUCGAAGACGAACUCAAGGAGUCUCUAAACUAGCGAAUGCGGCAUGCUGAAUAUUCAAUAAAAUCGGGAUC